CACGCGGACGGGUCAGAGGAGGCGGUGCAGCUGAAGGUGCUGCAGACAGUGCUGACAGUGCUGCAGUCGCAGCUGCACCCCAAAGAUGAGGAGAGCAUGGCCAUCAUCCUUGGCAUCUGCCUUCGCCUGGCAGGCAGCACUCGGCAGCUGGACUGUGUCCACAGCACGGCCACAGCAACGCUGCGGCAAGCCAUAGCGCUCAUCUUCGACAGAGCUGCCAGCAGCGAGGGCCUGCCGGUGCAAUGUGCCCCGCGCCAGGCCAACCGUGUGUGGAACACCUCCGAGCCGGGCGACAUCAGCCGCAUCGUCAUGGCCUCCAGGGCGACGGAGGGCGAGGGGGCGGGGCGGGGGGGGGGAGAGGAGCUGGAGACGGUGGUGCUCAAGGAGCGCGUGGACGACCUCUCACCCGCAGCCCGCAUGGGCCUCCGCCUGCUCGAGGACCUCGCCGCUCUCGCUGCGGGCCAACAGGCGCAGUGGCUGCACGUGCCAUCACUGCAGCGCACGUUCGCCCUGGAGAUGCUGGAGUACGUCGUGUCCCACUAUGCCACGCUCUUCCGCCGCCUCACUCCCUACCAGCAGGUGCUGCAGCACAAGCUCUGUGCACUCGUGAUGACGUCACUGCGCUCCACAGGCUCUGAGGAGGGGGAUGUGGGCGAGCCAGGGUACCGGCGGUUGGUGCUGCGCUGUGUGUCCACCCUCGUGCGGCAGCACCACGCUCAGCUCACCACCGAGUGCGAGGUGUUUCUGCUGAUGCUGGUGAAGAGCGUGGACCAGGACCUGCCUCUCUGGCACCGCAUCCUCGUGCUUGAAGUGCUCCGGGGCUUCUGCGUGGAGCCAGGGACCCUUCAACUCAUAUUCAACCUGUUUGACAUGCAGCCGGGCAACAGCAGCAUAGUGGAGGAGAUGGCAGUGGCGCUGGCCCACGUGGUGCAGAGCGUGCAGGUGCCGGACUCCAGUGAGGAGAGUCUAGCUGCAGUUGCCGGCAUGUUCAGCAGCAAAGCCAGAGGGGUGGAGUGGUCAAUGGACUUUGACUGGGCGGGCAACGCAGUGGUGGCGGCCAGUGAGGCGCACGCCAUAACGCUGGCGGUGGAGGGGCUGCUGGGCAUCGUCUUCACCAUCGCUCUGCUCACCGACGAGGCCAUGGAUGACUCACACCCGCACUCCGCCUCACCUCCCAAGUCCCCUCUCGCACCGCGCAAGCAACCUGAUGCUCAGACCGUUGCCCAGGGCGGUGGGGCUGCUGCAACAGACGGUGCUUCAGGGGUUGGUGGGCGCCAGGGUGAGGAGGGGGCAUCACCUGUAAGCCCUCCCUCCCCACGGGUGCCAGGCAAGCACGCUGCCUUGCUGGCUGAGUCCGACUCCCAUGCGCCCUCCCCAGGGCUCACUCGCGGCCUGCUGGCCCUGCUGGGCGGCAUGCAGGAGGAGGGCGAUGGGAGCGAGUGGGUGAAGAAAGGAGCUCAGGAUGAUGAGGAUGCGGAGAGCAGGGGCGGCAGUGCAGAGGGGCGGGUGCGCGGAGCACUGGAGGAGCUGUGUGUGCGCAUGGUGGAUGCCGUGUGGAAGACCGUCCUCGAUGCUCUCUCCAUCAUUCUUGCCCGGUCACAGGGUGAGGCUGUCAUUCUGGAGAUUCUUAGGGCAUACCAGGCGUUCACCCAGGCGUGUGGCGCGCUGGACCUGGUGGACCCGCGGGACGAGUUCCUGGCAUCGCUGUGUCGCUUCACCCUCGUCACCUCGCCAUCCAUGAGCACCAUGGCGCCACCCGGCCAGCCCUUUGACUCCGACCGCUUCCAAAUGCCCUCCUCCCCGUCAAGUGCGUACCUGUCGCCCAUGAGGUCGCUGGACGCACUGCUGGGCACGGAGUCACGGGGGGACCUGCUCGCCUCCUCCAUGGGCUCUGCUGCUGCCGCCUCUGCCGCCGCCCUGGGGCAGGGCGUGCCCGUGCUCACACCCAAGAACAUGCACGCCCUGCGCACGCUCUUCAAUGUCUCCCACCGCCUCUGCGCCGUGCUUGGACCGUCCUGGGAACUGGUGAUGGAGACUCUGGCUGCCCUCGACCGCACCAUCCAUUCGCCAUACGCCACCAGCCAGGACGUAUCCACAUCAGCAUCAACGCCAUCAGCAGGGCCGCGCGGGUCCAAGGAGCUCACAGGCGCGCCCUCCUCACUGCAGUCCGACUUCUCCGUGCUCGCCACCCUCGAUGCACAGCUGUUCCAGAGCACGGCCCACAUGGACACAGCGGCCGUGCUGGCCGUGCUGGCGGCCCUGCGGGUGGUGUCCAACCGCGCGCUGCACUGCGUCACCACCGGCCUCGGCAUCGCCGCCUCGGGCUCCUCCGCUGCUGCUGCCGCCGCUGGCACGUCUGCUGCUGCUGCGGCGGUGGCGUCGCCUCUCACCACGGGCGCGCUGCCGUCGACGCUCAAGAUGUUUGCCGUGGAGCGCAUGCUGUCCGUGCUCUCCCACAACAUGCACCGAAUGGACCUUAUAUGGGAUGCCAUCCUGCUGCACCUGCUGGAGCUGUCCGUGCACGAGAGCGCUGGCGUGCGGGCGGUGGCGGUGGACGCCAUUGACCGCGCCGUCAUGGCCGCCCUCUCCUCGCCCUCGCUGCACCGCCGCUCCUCCACCUCCUCCUCCUCCGCCCUCACCUCUGCCACACCGACCGAGGAGCAGCAGGGAGAAGGGGCUUGUCGGACAGAGGGAGGGGAGGGAGGAGAGGAGAGGGAGGGGCAGAAGGGGGAGGGCGAGGGGGAGGGGCGGGGAGAGGUGGCGCUGGAGGAGAUGGUGGUGGGCGCUGUGAGCUCCCUGUGGCGCGAUGGGCGUGAUGCAGAGGUGAAGGCAGGUGCACUGCGCAUCCUGCUGCACAUGCUGGAGCGCCAUGGCGAGAAGCUGCACUCCACCUGGCCCACUCUUCUCAACCUCUUAAGGAUGGUAGCAGCAACGAAUGACAAGGACCUCGUGGGUCUUGCCUUCCAGAGUGAGCUGGUGGUGGUCAACGACUGCCUCUCCUCCAUUCCGCCUCACACCCUUCAAUUGUGUGUGGAGGUGGUGGGGGCGUUUGCGGGGCAAGUGGCGGAUGUGAACAUAUCUCUCACGUCCGUGGGGCUGCUCUGGACCAUGGCUGACUUCUUUGCUCGCGGCCUCGGCCAUGCCACCACCACACACCGCACUGCCACCUUUUCCACGCUACUCAACCAGUGCGAUCUCCCCUCCUCCUCCUCGACAUCCUCUGCAGCGCCCCCUCUCUCCUCCGCCUCCCCUGCCACGCCCCUUCCAUUGACGGCACCAGCAGCGGCAGCAUCGGCACUGAAGCUGCCAGCGUCCGCCACGCCGUCCACCUUCACUAGGAUCCACAGAAAGCCAGCUCGCACAGAUGCAGGGGGGACCAAGGGGGGAGAGGGCGGUGAAGGGACCGAGGUGGGCGGAGGGCAGGGGAGGGGAUCCGGCAGCGGGAGGAUGUUGGACGAGCGGAGCAGCGCACUGCUGCUGGCGGUGCUGUGUGUGAUGGAGGCGCGCGCCAAGGACGGGCGGCCGGAGGUGCGCAACGCGGCCAUGCGCACGCUGUUCCAGACGGUGGUCAGCCACGGCGCCAAGCUGCCGCCCGCCUCCUGGCGCCACUGCCUCUGGGACCUCAUCUUCCCCCUCAUCGACUCCGUGCGCUCCCUUGCAGCCACGGCAUCGAGAGACGAGGCGCCGGGGACGGAGAUAGGGCGGCAGGGGGGGAGGAGUGUGAUGAUGCUGGUGCACCACAGCCGCAACACGGCGCAGAAGCAGUGGGAUGAGACGCUCGUCAUGGCGCUCAACGGGCUCGCCCGGCUUAUUCGUGCCUUCUUCCCACUGCUGCAUACCAUGGACAACUUCCGGGAAGUGUGGGGCGCACUGCUGCAGUUCGUGGAGGAGGGCGUGCUGACGGGCAGCAGAGAAGUCAGUUCUGCUGCUGCCAGCACCCUGCAGACCAUCAUGCUCACACAUGCCACCAAGGGCAGCAUCCCGCGGCACUACUGGGACAGCAGCAUGGACGCCUACGAGCUGCUGCUGCGCGACAGCACAGCGCCCACGGCCGCGGUGGCGGUGCGCACGCGGCAGAAGCUGGUGGAGGACCUGGGCGAGGUGUACAGCACGGCGGGCCUCGCCUUUGAGGACAGCGACUACCUGCGCCUGCUCGCCUGCGUUGACGUCAUGGCGCGCUGCCCCGUGCUGCCCUCCGAACCCCCUCCCCUCGCCGGCACGCUGCCCCAGGUGCAGCGCACGGUGCUGGAGGUGCUGCCGCGCCUGCAGCCCUCGGCACACGCACAUCUGUGGCCCGCGCUGCUGCAGCAGCUGCUGGCGUACCUACCUGGUGGGGACCGCCUGCUCUGUCCGCACUGCCGCGUGCCGCCGCGCUUCCUGUCCGAGGCCACGCAACGCCACGCCCCCAAGGUUGCCCUUGCUGGCGCCGCAGGGGGUAUUGACGGCACGAAAGGGGGCAGCGGUGCUGAUGAAGGGAGAGGAAGGGGAGUAGGAGACGAUGGUGGGGAUGAGAGCGGAGCAGGCAGCGAGGAAAUCGGUAGUCAAGGAGGAGGCGUGGAAGGUGCCACACAAACUGCCAACAGUAGCAGCCGGACGACAUCAUUCGGCCUUUCGCUGGGUGGCAAAGUUCAACUGUUUGCGCCGGCAGCGGUGUACGUGCCGACGUCAGGCAACCCCACGGGGUCGUUCAUGCUCAGCUACCCCGUCACGGCGCCCGGCGCCCUCUCACCCGCACUGCAGGACCGCGUGGUGGCGCUGCUGCUCGAGCUCUUCCUCAACGCGCCCCCGGAAGCCCGAGACACCGUCCUGCCCGACCUCGUUGCUGCUCUCGGCAGGUGUAUGCUCAUCCGCCGCACCUCGCCUGACCUUCAGCUGUGGCGCACGGCCGUGGCCACGCUCUCAGACAUCCUCAAACACGCCCUCCCGCCUGACCCCCCUCUCACAACACACGCCAAUCACACCUCUCCUUCAGACCCUCUGGCUCCUCCUGCACGCCCAUCCUCACCCACGCAUGCCUCUUCCACACACCACCACACCAAGCACCAGCAUGAGGCACAUAAGGAAGUUGCCAAGGAGGGCAACGGUGCAGUGGGCGGCAGCAGUGAGGGGGGGGAAGCACGGCAGCGCAUGUGGCAGGAGCUGGCGGCGGUGGUGGAGCAGUUCGUGCUCGGCACAUGCGGCACCGCCCUGCUGCCAGACCUCCCCUCCCCGGCGCCCCAGCCCUCGCCAGCACCACCCCCAGGACAUUCCCCCCGACGCUCCCCCAGAGUGGGGGGAGGGGAGGGCGCAGGGGGCAGUCCGCGGAGAAGAGCUGCUCCUGGCAGCGGCGGUGGCAGCGGGGCAGGGCGGGCACCAGGGGCCGGGGGAGCAGCCGUGCCUGCUGGGAGGGGGGCGGGGGAGGCAGAGAGCAGUGACUGGGGCACAGGCAGCGAGGGGAGGGGCGGAGGAGGCGCGGGCAGCAGUGGGUGGGCGGGGGAGGCGGGGUCGACACGGGGAGUGUCGGAGCUGCUGACUCGCGAGGUGGUGGAGGCGGAUGAGAUGCUGGAGGCGCUCUUCCUUGACACCCUCUGCACCCGCAUGCUCACCCACUGCUAUGACGCCCCCCACAAGGAGAGGGAACGGCUGGUGGCAGUGCUGGAUGCGUGUGCUGCACGCACCAGCGCGCUGCCCCUGGCUGCUGCGGCAGCGCUGCCAACCCACUGCGCGCGCUUCUCCCUCGCCUGCCUCUCCCGCCUCUUCAUGCUCGCCGGACAAGGCCGCCCAGAGGACACGGUGGCAUCGUCGUCGGUGGCGGUGGGGCGGCUGGUGCUGCCUCGCCUCGUGGCGCGCUGCCAGGCCAUUCUGCACCGCUUUACCGCCGACUCCCUGCAAGCAGGCUCAGCAGCCAUGCCGGCAGUGCGGCUGGCGGAGAUGCUGCUGCUGCUGCAGGAGCUGGUGCGCCUCGUGCUGCACCCCCUCGUCGCUGCUGCAGUGGACGUGCCCAUCGCGCCCAAGGCCAGUGCAGAGGCGCACGUCACGGCGCAGGCAGCAGCAGCCGGGGACACGCUCACCAGGGGUGAGCUGGAGCGGCCGUGGGAGCGGGACAGCGCAGCGCGGCGGUUUGAGGACAGCGAGGGGCGGCAGCUGGGGUGGCAGCGAGCGCACCUGCUGCUGCUCUACUCGCCCCUCUGCGACCUCGUCUUCCUCCGGUACACUUUCCACACUUCUCCCGUCCCCCGUCCCCCUCCCCCCCCUUAA